ACUCUAGUCCGACUUUCUUCGCAGUCGUUCUCAACCGGAGGCUGGAAGAUGUCUUCGAACAGUAUGUCGGACCCACGGAGACAAAACAAAAUCCUCCGGUACAAGCCUCCGAGUUCAGACUCUAACCCCGCCAUGGAGGACCCCACCCCGGACUACAUGAACCUGCUCGGCAUGAUCUUCAGCAUGUGCGGCCUGAUGCUGAAGCUGAAGUGGUGUGCGUGGAUCGCGGUCUACUGCUCCUUCAUCAGCUUCGCUAACUCCCGCAGCUCCGAGGACACCAAACAAAUGAUGAGUAGUUUCAUGUUAUCUAUCUCUGCAGUGGUGAUGUCAUAUCUUCAGAACCCUCAGCCAAUGUCGCCUCCAUGGUAACUGAUGGCCGAACCCGCAGAGGGUCUCCAGAAGCUGAUGUGCUGGACUUGCAUGUAGGGAACAUGAUGGAGUGACGACCUACCGGCCUCCCGAUCGGUGGACUGGGGAAGGAGGAAGGAAGUUGGGUGUCAGGAACAGGAAAAGGGGACACGGAUGCAGUUGUCCAAUAACAUUUUCUCUGUUCUGUUGUGCAAACUGUAUUUUGUUUGUUUUACCCUGCAAUAUAAUAAACUCGAAGUCAAAUUUAUCAAA